AUGAAAUCCACAUCAGUUUUCAUGAUUUGCUUGUCCCUCAUAUUUUUUGCUGCUGCUCCAGCAUUAUCUGCCACCUUGUAUGAAAGUGUAUGCUAUUUAAUAACAAGGCAACAAGAUGUUAAUGAUUGCUUGAUUCUCUUGAAUCAAGACUCAAGAAUCACUUCAGCCACAAAUUAUCAUGAUCUCUCAAAGUUCAUCUUGGAGCUGGCAGCAACUACAGCAAGAUCAGUUUAUGCUUAUCUUAUAAAAGAGGGAUCUGACUUUCCCAAUGAUCAAGCUAUUAGACAGUGUGCUUCUGUUUUCUACCCUGCGACUAUAGUAGGAUUCGAAAAUGCAUUGGCUAAGUUGGAUAAAAAUGAUCCUCAGAGUGCAAAAAAUGAUAUACAAGCUGCUGGUAAUGGACCUGGGUUGUGUGAGAAAGCUCUUCAAGGAGAGAAGUUUUUUAAUCCUCCAAUGACUGUUCGAAACAAUCAAGUCUUUGUACUUAGUGAAGCUGCUCUUUUGUCUGUAAGCCAUCUUACAUAG